GAACAAAGGAUUCCCGUUCGCAAUCUCUAGACCUAAAAUGGCGUCAGUUCAAUCUCCCAGCACCAUAGAGAUAAAGGAGAGACCGAGUUAAAGGGGGGCGGAGGGCGGGAAGGUGCACGGGAAAGGCGAGUGGGUAGAGUGGCUGGUUUGGGGUUUUUUUUGUUUUUUUUUAGCAUAAGGCCUCUCUGCCUAUCGCGGCAUUCUGACUCGCUGGUCGUAGUUCUGAGCCCGGACUGCCGGAAAAAGCCUCAGCGCUUGUCUGAUCAUGGCGACGGAGGAAGAGACUAAGAUUUCUAAGAAGUCCUUUCUGCAGGAAAUGCUGGAAAUCCAUAAAAUUCCUUGUGCUCGACAAUCAUUUCUUUAUGGAAUAUUGGGUGGUCUAGGUGUAGGGCUUGGACACUUUUUGGCAACUAGCAAAGUGAGACGAUCCUAUAACUUGGGAGUAGGAGGUUUCUUUGUGACAACAUUAGGAUGUUGGUUCUAUUGUAGAUACAACAAUGCAAAACUAAGGUUUCAGCAACGCAUGGUUCAAGAAGCGAUAAAAAACAAGAUACUUUUUGAAGGCACUCCAUUUGACCCCACAAAGAGAGAAACAAAUCAGGAAAAAAGCCAUUAGUUUUAGCAAUGCCAUUAAAAUAAUUUAUACUGAUUAUGUGUAUUUACCGCACCUUACUGUAAUUUGAUAAAACAUUUCUUGUAUUGUAAAAUUCAGUUUUUUAUUCUCAUUUUAUCACUGCUUUGUAUGUAAAUAUGCUGCUUUGAGAGCAACUUUCUAAAGUAGCACAUUCUAGCAAUGUUUUUUCUGAUAAAUUAAAAAUAUAGCAACAGCACAUUGAAAGCUUUAUCCAUUGGACAAAAUAGCCAAAACUAAAGGACAAUAGUGGUUAGUUACUUUGAUCUUAAUGAAGUAUAGCAGUCAUUUAAAAAUCUCUCCGCUACUGCCUCUGAGCACAAUUUUCCUGCUGUUCUCAGUACUAUAUUAAUAGGAAAUGGAAUAGCAGUUUGCCUAAACUCAUGCUACAAAGAACAAAUAUAUUUUGAAUGCUAUGCUAAAAAAUUUUGAUUACUGGAUUCUAAUGUUAGCUAUACCUUUGUUCUGUAGAUUUCAAUCUUUCUAAAUUGCCAUACUGUAUUUCAUUUUCCCCUUUUCAGAAUUUUUCAACUGUAAAGGUGCAGUGCCUGUGGCCUUUAGUUUCUUAGAAUUGUCACUUGAUUUAUAUAUAGUAAGGCACAUGGUUUUUUUUUUUAAAUUUAAAACAUUUACACUGAUGAGAACCAGAUGAUGUAACUAGAUGACCUUGCGCCAGUCAUUCCUUCAGACAUAAUUUGUGCAGGCUUUGCAUUAAGCUAGUGUCCACAUGUAUGUAUGACAUAUUAUCUACCUAUCGCUUUUUUAAAAUUGGCAUUGUUAUAAAGGAGCCAAAUAGUUGAAAAAACAUUUUACCCAAAUAUACUAUGUAAUAUAUUGUUACUAAUCUCUUAAUGACCCACUGAUCUUGUAAAAUAUCUUAUUGCUAAAAAAGCGGAUGAUUGUUUCCUUAAUUUUAAUUGGGAAAAAGUAUACCUUGUAAAAAAACUCUGUAUGUUCAUUAAUUGCAUAUUGAUAUACAAAGUAUUUGUAAAGAACGCAGUAUAGUAAUAAAUGUAGGCUUUUAAUGUGGUACCUUUUUCCAAUGAAGUCUGUGCAAGUGCACUGAGAAAUCAUGUUGUAAAUAUCUAGAAGCUGCUGAAUUUCUUUGCCCAAAUCAUAAAGUUGCAACCACAAAUUUUACGCAUCCCAAAUUCUGUAGAUUAAAUCUUCUAAAUCUAAAUGAGGCCAUUGGUGCUCUGAGUUUGUUUUCUUGCAGACCUUUAAUUACUCAAACUAGGUAACAUCACUGAGGUCAUGAAACCUCAGUGAAACAAGCAAACUCAGAGAAUACUAAGGACCCCUCAUUUCAACUGUGAGCUACAAAUAUUUUCAUUUAUUGGUAAAUCUUAAAACCUACUUAGGCUCAAUUGAUUUUCUGGUAGGGAUCGUAGACUGUUAGCACCUAUAGAAAUUGUAAAUAUAGUAAUACUUUUUUUUCUAUUCAUCUCCAUCCCAGUUCUACAGGGCUUAUAUCCAAUUUCAAAAUCUGUGCCUGGAUAUAUAGCUAUUCAGAGGCUAAUAAUUGUCUCCUAAUAUGUAAAGAAACUGGUCAUAAUUUUUCAUAUUUUUGGAAAUAGUAAAAUAUUGUUUGAAAUACAUUGCUUCACCUUUGAAUUUUUUUUUUGAAGUUGUCUGAAGUUCAACAUCUUAUUUUGAUUUCUACAAUGUCAGCAGCCAUUUUAAAUCUAUCAUUUUAUGCUUCAAUAAGAAAGUGUUCCUAGAUUUGUUUAACCAGCCAGCCAACCUUAUUUUAAUUUUGUAUCUCAACUUAAAACAUGACUCUAGGCAGCUUACAAUGAUCAGUGAAAAACAAACUCAGUCCAAAUUAAAAGACAAAUAAUCACUAAUAGGUGAUUUUAUGCAGCAACUUGCAUUUCAUUCUAUUUUCCCAAACCUGGGAAGUACUUUUAACCAAAGUCAUGGAGCAAACUUUUUGGCCGAGAAUGGGAUUUGAACCAGGGACUUCCCAGCCCCAAUUGACUAACUAGUACUACAACAUGGCAAGAAACACUCCAGGACAUUUUGAGGAGCCUGGUCCGUUUUGUUAUACUUAAGUUUUUAGAGGAGAAAAAGUAGUUAAUUCUAUUUUCAGCUGAAGUUGUAAACUGAUAGAGCAGUAUUUAUCUUCUACGUUUUAGUUCAUGACCUAUUAAGAACUUGGCUGCACAAUUGGAGGUAAGCAGCAGUUGAGCAAGCAAAACCAUCCCUCCCAAGCUGUGGAAAAUUUUUAUCUUACACGAAACCAAUCCCUGGUGUGAAAAAGGUUGGAUAUCACUGACCUACAAUACACCUGUUACUUAUUUUGAAAAUGUACAUGAGUCUGAACUGUAGCUAACAAAGCAGAAAAGAGUUAACGUGUAUAAAAAUAUGGUAAAAUAUGUAUUUGCACCAAAAUUAAAAUAUGUAACAUAAUACAGAGGGACUUGCUAGCAUCUUGGCCCUGAAUCUUGAAAGCAGCAGUGUGGUUUUCAGGUCUUCUGGGAAACAAGAAAAUUCGGACCACCUGAAAUUCAGCAGGAGCCUUUUCCACAAGGAAGACUUCUUAAAAAAGCUAUAUUUCCUCCCACAAGGAAAUACUGUUUCAUAGAAGAGAUCUGGAAGAUGUGCGCUGCCAGAUCUGGUAAAAUAGGCAGAAACCACUGGUGACAAGAUAGUCCCUCAGUUGUUUUGGCCUUGCACUGUGCAGGGUUUAAAGAUGACAACCAGCACUGCAUUCAGAAAUUUCUUGGAAGCAAGUGGCAGAAUGCCUGCAUUGCUACUUUCUAGACUACCUGUUUUUUAAAAUGUUUUUUAAGUGCAUACCCAGUGAAUGCAUUAUAAUCAUCCAACUAGGAAGCAACUAGGGCGUGAAAUAAUGUCUUGAUCUGGAAAUAGGACCAACUGCUGCACAAAGUGGAUUUGUGCAAAGAUCCACAUGUUCAUGUUGCCACCUGCUCCUUGAGCCAAAGCCAAGCAAAUUGUGAAAUUAUGUAGUGUACACUUGUAAAAUAGCUUACCCCAAACUUACACUUUUCAAAAACUAAAGUAACUCCCCAAAUGUUUUCUACUGUCCCAAAGGGUCUUUUUUUAAGAGCAAACACAUCCCUUCACAAAUAGGUGCUUUCUUUACAGAAAACAAAUUUUGAUAUCAUGUCCAAGGGGAUCAUAUCGUACCUUCAUGAAUGCAGACUGCUCCAUAGAGUAGUUUCCUAGUAAAUUAAAUUUACGAAUAAUUUGUUCAUAUUAGUAAAUACUGUCAGAAUAAUAUUAAGUUUGAAUAGAAUGCAUGCACUAAGCUCCCAAAAAUCCAUCCAAAGCAUCCCAAAACCUUUCUUAGCCCAAAUACAAAGGGGAGAGGAAUAGAAGGGAAAGGCACAAAAUACAACAAAUAAAUUAAGGAGAAAUGAUCCUCAGGCGUGCCUAAAAUUUAUUAAGGCCGAGUGCAUUUUGGGAAACAAAUCUUUUUUCAAUCAAAAUAAAUUCUAUUACUUUGCUGAAAGCUAUUAAAAUCUAUGGAUAACAUGUUUCCCAAGAACUAGAAAUGCUGAAGAUAGUACAUGCAAACCGACUGCCAACUUAAUGGAAUUCACGACAAAAUGCACAAAAAUGUCCACUUUCAUUUUACUCCUGUUAAAGUCACUUGUACCCAACCCCACCCCCCAAAGCAAUUCUUCUCUGCAACUAAUUUCAUCUAUAUUAAACUGCAGUCACAGUUCUGCAAAAUUCUGCUAAUGAUGUUAGGAGUUUAAGCACUAUUAGUGGACAUAAGAAAGUCAUUAUCAGCUUUAGUGUAGUAACUUGCAACACAGGAAUUCAAACUGCAAAAAUAAUGAACAGGCAUAUUUCCAUAUUUUCUAUUAAAAUGACAAUUUGUGUAGGGUUCUCUCCCCUAUAUCAUAGGAUGUGGAGAGCAUACAUUUUGAACCUUCUCAGAAAUCAGAUUACUUUAAACAUUGAAGCUAACUGUUUCAUUAAAGGGAUUUUAGACCAAUGUGGUGAGAAUCCCAGAGUAAGAGUAAAAUGAUUUUAUUUUAUUGCAAACAAACGGCUAAAGUUAAUUUCUCCACCCACUUUCUUUAAAGUAAAUCAGCAGGCUAAGGAGACACACCCAUCUGAAAACUAACAUGAUUAAAAAUUAGAUAUAAAAUGGGUGAAUCACAAUUUCAUUUGUUUACAAAAUGGUGGAGUAUACUACUACAAGCACACUAAAUACACAGUAUUUGUGGGGAAAGGGUUACAGACACACAGCUAACUUCAUAUAGAUCCCAUUAGACAACUGGAUUUACAACAAGUUUGUUUAAUAAGAAAUGGGCAGAGCCAGCUUUUUCAGAAUCAAAAUGCAGAACAAUGGAAAAAGUUGAUGGUGUGUACCUUCACAAGUUGAGCCUCUACAGACAAAUGCAACCAGGUUAGAUGUGCACUCCACCAUCACUAUUUAGCUUUAAGGUUUUGCCUCUUCAAAAACAUUGCCAAAUUUUAAAAAAAUACCCCUUUUAUUGCCAAAAGACAUUUACUUUUUCUUCCUUCUUCCAUACCUAAAAACUAUGUAGAGAGGAUGGAGUGGAAGAUGGAGUGUAAUGAAUGUUAUUUACAUUGUAUUUUGGGGGGGAGGGGAGGGCACAAAAAGCCUGGUUGCUAAAUAUUCUGUUUUGAUGACUCACGACUGUUUCCUAGAAAUUGAGGGGAGGGAGAGAAAAAAAAUCUUUAAUCAGAGGACACCA